UUUAUUAUAUUUCCCACUCAUCUAUUUAUUAUUAUCAUAGCAUAUUCCUCUCCAUUUUAUUUUUCUAAUAUAACAACAACAAUGGCAUUGUUCAACAAAGAUGCAAAGAGUUUUAUAAAAUUAAUUUCAAUAAUUUGUUUCCUACAAAUAUCAGCUCUAAAUGGACAACUUAGAGUUGGGUUUUAUUCUGAAAGUUGUCAUAAUGUAGAGUCCAUUGUUAGUUCUAUGGUUAAAGAAGCUUCACAAAGAGAACCAAGAAUGCCAGCCAUCUUACUACGACUUCAUUUCCAUGAUUGCUUUGUUCAGAAGGGUUGUGAUGGAUCAAUUUUGAUCGAUAAUGUUAAAGAAGCUGAAAAAAAUGCAUUUGGUCAUGAAGGACUUGGAGGAUUUGCUGAGAUUCAGAAAGCCAAAACUCAAUUGGAAGUUCAAUGUCCUGGUGUUGUAUCUUGUGCUGAUAUUGUCGCUUUAGCGGCUAGAGACGCUGUCGUCAUGGCUGGCGGAGAAUCUUAUGAAGUAGAGACAGGUAGAAGAGAUGGAAGAGUAUCAGAUUUGUCAUUUGCAUCCAAAAUGCCAGAUGUGGAUGACUCAAUUGAAGUUCUCAAAGAAAAAUUCAAAACCAAAGGCUUUAGUGAGAAGGAUCUCGUCACUUUGAGUGGGGCACAUACAAUUGGCACAACAGCUUGUUUUUUCAUGCCUAAAAGACUAUACAAUUUUACUGGAAAAUCAGAUGCAGAUCCAAGUAUAAAUCCUAAAUUCCUCUCAGAAUUAAGAAGCAAAUGUCCCAAAAAUGGGGACGUAAACGUUCGAAUAUCGCUCGAUAACCUAAGUGAAAGAAAAUUUGAUGAUCAAAUAAUGCACAACAUAAAGAAUGGAUUUGCAGUUAUAGCAUCAGAUGCAAGGCUUUAUGAUGAUAAUGCUACAAGAGCAGUGGUUGAUUCUUAUCUUGAGAUUACAGAGAAAUUAAAUCCCAAUUCAUCUUCAUUUGGGACUGAUUUUGGUUUAGCAAUGGUUAAAUUGGGAAGGCUUGAGGUUAAGACUGGAUUACUAGGAGAGAUUAGAAAGGUUUGUAAUUCUUUUAAUAAAAUGUAGUUUAUAAAGUUGUGAUAUUACUUAAUUAAGGUUGGAGGUCAUAUAUUAUAAGUAGUAAUACAUUUUAAUUAGUAUUAAAAGAAUGUUAAUCUUGAAGUUA